CUCAGGAAUGAAUCUGAGCACAGGCAACAUCUUGGUGAUGCUUCAGACUUUCCAGCUGACUUGGUGUAGAGGACCUGUGGGAUGUGCUGAGGAGGACUGAGGGAGAGGAGGGUGGCAGUGUUUCAGAGGCUGCCCCAUCAGCCCAGGUUAACGAAGGAAGAAGCGGAGCAGAGCCCAGCCCACCCAUGCUGGACAUGGCGCAAGAGAGAGGAAGCAUGAGGAAGAUUGACCAAUUUUGUAAUUCUAAAAACAUGGCCCACGGAUCCGUGAUAUUCAGGGACAUGGCCAUCAGCUUCUCUCAGGAGGAGUGGGAGCACCUCGACCCUGCUCAGAGGGACUUGUAUCGGGAUGUGAUGCUGGAGAACUAUCUCACCUUGGUCUCCCUGGAUUUGGAGUCAAAUUAUGGAGCUGAGAACUUAUCACCAGAAAAUGAUAUUUAUGAAAUAAAUUUGCCCAAACAUGGUUUAAAGCAAAUAAGUAAAACUCCUGGCCUCAAGGCCUCCAGUUUUAGAAAUAACUCAAAAUAUAAAAGUAGAUUUGAGGGACCACAGGGACAUCAAGAGGGAUACAUCAGUCAAAAGAUAAGUAGCUCUGAAAAAAUGCCUACUUAUCAUACUUCUCUUAUUCACAAUACAGAUAAACCAUAUGAAUGUAAGCAAUGUGGAAAGGCCUUUAGACUUCAUAUACAACUUACUCGACACCAGAAAUUUCGUACUGGUGAGAAAUCCUUUAAAUGUAAGGAAUGUGGGAAAGCUUUUAGUCUUCCCACCGAACUUAAUCGCCAUCAGAACACUCACACAGGUGAGAAGCCAUUUGAGUGUAAGGAACGUGGAAAGUCCUUUAAUCGUAGGUUAAACCUUGUUCAACAUCAGAGUAUUCACAUGGGUGCAAAACCAUAUGAAUGUAAGGAGUGUGGGAAAGGCUUUAAUUGUGGUUUAAAUCUUUUUCAGCAUCAGAAAAUUCAUUCUGGUGAGAAACCCUAUGAAUGUAAGGAAUGUGGGAAGCCUUUUAGGUUUCAUCUACAACUUUCUCAACAUCAGAAAACUCAUACUGGUGAGAAACCCUUUGAAUGUAAAGAAUGUGGAACAUCCUUCAGACAUCAGUACCAACUUAUUGAGCAUCAGAGUGUUCAUACUGGAAAGAAACCCUUUGAAUGUAAGGAAUGGGGAGAGGUCUUUAGUCUUCCCACCCAGCUAAAUUGCCAUGAGAACAUUCAUACAGGUGAGAAACCAUUUGAAUGUAAAGAAUGUGGGAAGUCCUUUAAUUGUGUCUCAAACCUUGUUCAACAUCACAGUAUUCAUGCUGGUGUGAAACCAUCUGAAGGUAAUGAAUGUGGGAAAGGCUUUAAUUGUGGUUCAAACCUUAUUCAGUAUCAGAAAAUUCAUUCUAGUGAGAAGCCCUUUGUAUGUAAGGAAUGUGGAAAGGCCUUUAGAUAUCUUUAUUGUCUCAUUGAACACCAUAGAAUUCAUACUGGAGAGAAAACCUUUGAAUGUAAAGAAUGUGGAGAAGCUUUUAGUCUUCUGACACAGCUUACUUGACAUCAGAACAUUUAUACUAGUGAGAAACCAUUUGAAUGUAAGGAAUGUGGGAAGCCCUUCAAUCGUGUCUCAAACCUUGUUCAACAUCAGUGUAUUCAUACUGUUGAGAAACCCUGCGAAUGUAAGGAAUGUGAGAAGGCUUUUAGAGUUCACCUACAACUUUCUCAAUAUCAGAAAACUCAUACUGCUGAAAAACCUUUUGAAUGUAAGGAAUGUGGGACAGCCUUCAGAUAUCACUCAAACCUUAUUCAACAUGUUAAAAUUCACACUGGUGAGAAACCCUAUGAAUGUAAGGAAUGUGAAAAGGCCUUUAGCAAUAAUUAUGAACUUACUGUACAUCAGAGAAUUCAUACUAGUGAGAAACCCUAUGAAUGUAAGGAAUAUGGGAAAACUUUUAGACUUAGUUCAGCCUUUAGUUGUAGCUCAAACCUUGUUCAACAUGAGAGAAUUCAUACAGGUCUGAAACCCUAUGAAUGUAAGGAAUGUGGGAAAGCUUUUAGACUUAGUUCAGUUUUUAUUGCCCAUCAAAGAAUUCAUAUAGGUCUGAAACCCUGUGAAUGUAAAGAAUGUAGGAAAGCCUUCACUGUGAAUGGUCAGCUUACUCAACAACAGAAAGUUCAUAAUCGUCAGGAGUCCUAUGAAUAUAAGGAAUGUGGACAAACAUUCACUGGGUAUGAACAACUUACUCAACAUCAGAGAACUCAUACUGGUGAGAAAUCCUAUGAAUAG